GUACACACAAACAUUAAACUGUCUGACAACAACAGGACAAUGACGAUCGUGCAGGAUGAGCAGCCGUAUCCUGAUCAUCCAGACAGAUUUCACUUCUGGCCUCAGCUGAUGUGUAAAACUGGUCUGACUGGUCGCAGUUACUGGGAGGUGGAGUGGAGAGGAGGUGCUUCUGUAGCUGUGACUUACAGAGGAAUCAGCAGGAGAGGAGACAGAUCUGAUUGCAGGUUUGGAGAGAAUGAUCAGUCCUGGAGACUGAGUUGCUCUGAUAAUGGCCACUUUGUCUGUCAUAAUAACACUGGAAAAACUAUCUCCUCCUCCUCUGUAUCUGGUAGAGUAGCAGUGUAUGUGGACUAUCCUGCUGGCACUCUGUCCUUCUACAGAGUCUCCUCUGACACACUGAUCCACCUCUGCACCUUCAACACCACAUUCACUGAUCCUCUUUAUCCUGGG